UGACGUGAGGUGUGUCACGUGACCUAGCGCGGAAAGAUGGCGGCCGUGCAGUGGCAUUCCAGAGAGAGGAAUUAUAAAGCAGAAUUGGAAGCAUGCCGUCUGGAGGCAGGGCCGUUAGAGUUUGGAGACUUCCACCCACUGAAGCUGAUUACUGUCACUGAAUCAAAGGCAAAGAAAGUUGCCCGUAAAGGAAGUACUUCAUCCACAUCAUCAUCCUCGAGCAGCUCGGUCGUGGACCCUCUGAGCAGCAUGCUGGACGGCAGCGACCCUUUGUCACUCUUUGCUGCAACAACCGAUCCUCUCUCAGCUGCGGCAGGGACCACGGGGAAAACCAAUCAGCGUGACAAACAGGAGGAUGCAGGAGUCGGAACCGACUUUGAUCUGUGGUCUGGGAAGCGGAGUUAUAUACUCACACGAUACACAACCACAGAGAAGUUGUCCAUAAAUUUAUUCUUGGGAUCUGAGAAAGAUAAACCCACAGGUCCUGGCUCAGCUGUUUCUGAAAAAGUGAGGACUCGUUUAGAAGAGUUAGACGACCUUGAGGAGGGUUCACAAAAAGAGCUUCUAAACUUGAGUCAGCAGGACUAUAUAAACAGGAUUGGAGAGCUGAAUCAGUCACUGAAGGAUGCCUGGGCUACAGAUCAGAAAGUGAAAGCGCUGAAGAUAGUUAUUCAGUGCUCCAAGCUGCUCUCUGACACAAGCGUGAUACAGUUUUAUCCAAGCAAAUUUGUGCUGAUCACUGAUAUUUUGGAUACGUUUGGUAAACUAGUACAUGAGCGCAUUCUGUCCAUGUGUACCAAGAGCCGAAUUCCCCUCGCUGGAACCAACAUGUCAGAUAACUUUGGUCAGGACGAAGUGAAUGAAACUGCAAAAGAAACCUGUCUGAACUGGUUCUUCAAGGUUGCGUCUAUUCGAGAGCUCAUUUCCAGAUUUUACGUGGAGGUGGCCAUAUUAAAAUGCAAUACCUUCCUUUCCAAAACUGGUAUCUCCGAGACACUUCCACGGUUGACAUUGAUGAUUAGAGGCAUUGGUGAUCCAUUGGUUGCUGUUUAUGCCAGAGCUUAUCUUUGCAGGGUUGGAAUGGAAGUGGCGCCCCACCUGAAAGACAACUUGAAUAAGAAUUUUUUUGAUUUCCUCUCCACGUUUAAACAGAUCCAUGGAGAGACAGUGCAGAACCAGCUUGCUGCACAACGGGUGGAGAUUCCAACUUACCUCACCUUGUAUUCUCCUGCCAUAGACUGGAUUCUGCAGUGCAUUGCAUACAGAGCACCUGAGGCUUUACUUACAGAAAUGAUGGACAGGUGCAAGAAACUUGCAAACAAUGCGUUGCUGUUGAACUCUGUAAUGUCAGCAUUUAGACCGGAAUUUAUUGCCACAAGAUCUCUGGAUUUCAUUGGCAUGAUCAAAGACUGUGAGGAGUCUGGUUUCCCCAAGCAUCUUCUUUUCCAAUCCCUUGGGUUGAAUUUGGCAAAGGCUGACCCCCCUGAGAACGACAAACUACAGAUUCUUAACGUGGCAUGGAAAGUUAUCACCAAACUGAAGAAUCCCCAGGAUUACAUUAACAGUGCUGAGGUCUGGAUAGAUUACAUAUGCAGGCACUUUGCGAAACGUGACGUCAACACGGUACUAGCAGAUGUGAUUAAACAUCUGACUCCAGACCGGGCUUUUGAAGAUGCAUAUCCACAGCUUCAAUCAAUUAUAACAAAAAUACUCGAUCAAUUCCAUGAUUUUGCGGUUUUGUUUUCGAUGGAUAAGUUCCUACCUUUCCUAGACAUGGUCCAGAAGGAGAGUGUCAGGGUGGAGGUGUGCAGAUCCAUUAUGGAAGUCUUCAUCAGGCAACAGCAAGAAGUAACACGUGACCCUGUCAUACUUAAUGCUCUGAUGCACAUUUGCAAGACAAUGCACGACUCUGUCAAUGCUUUAACACUGGAAGAUGAGAAAAGGAGCCUUGCGGUGUUAAUAAAUGGAUUCAUCAGAAUGGUUUCCUUUGGCCGGGACUUUGAGCAGCAGCUAAGUUUUUAUGUGGCAGCCAGAGCAACAUUCUGCAACUUAGAACCAGUUCUUAUCCAACUGAUCCAUAGGGUGAACCGACUAGCGAUGGAAACAAAGAAAGUCGUACGUGGCAAUCACUCCAGAAAAACGGCUGCAUUUGUCAGGGCGUGUGCUGCAUAUUGUUUCAUCACCAUCCCCUCCCUGACCAACAUCUUCGCACGACUCAAUCUGUACUUGCACUCUGGACAAAUUGCUCUGGCCAACCAGUGCCUGUCACAAGCUGAUGCCUUCUUUAAAGCUGCAAUCAGCCUUGUAGCAGAAGUUCCAAAGAUGAUAAACAUUGAUGGGAAGAUGAAAAGUUCAGAAGGAUAUCUCCUUGAGUUCCUCAGUAACUUCUUUUCCACACUGUUGAUUGUGCCUGAUCAUCCAGAACAAGGUGUUCUUUACUUAGUGCGAGGCCUUUUAAACAUCAUCCAGGAUUACAUUUGGGAAGACCAAACUGAUACAAAAGUACGGAUCUACAUAAACGUUUUGCAUUUACUGGCUGCGGCAAGUCAGGAAACGUACCUCUACCACGUGGACAAAGUCGAUUCCAAUGAUAAUCUGUAUGGGAGUGACCCGAAAUUCUUGUCUGAAAUCAACAAACUUGCCGAAACCCUGAUUGGACAAAUCCUGGACCAUCUGAAGACUCUUGGGAAAGAGGAGACAUUGAAGCGACAGAGUGCCUUGAGUUUGUCCUUAUUUAACAGCAUCCUCAUCCAUGGAGACCUCCAGAACAACAAACUUCACCAGCUGACAAUAAAUCUCUGCAAUCUUGCUCAAAAGCAUGGGUUUGCUGAUACUAAAACCAUGGUGAGGACAUUGGAACACAUCAAAUGGCAGGGCCGGCAGCCGAACAUGAGACAUUUAGCAGAUCUGGCACUAAGACUUCCCCUGCAGUCACGAACAUAACACUGUCGUGUAAACCUGCAGCUGCCAAUGAGAGACAUCUCUUCAAACUAUGGUCCUGCUCUGUAAAUGACUGUUGCGUCUGCUUCUGCUGAGAGCAUAUAUUGGAGGCAGAGGAAUACAGUGAUCCUCACUAUGAAGAUGUUCACACAUGGGUGCUUUGACCUCACUGGAUAAGGUGAAGACUUGCUAGAUCAGUACUUGUCUCUGUCUUUGUGUUUCUAAUGAUCAAUGUCACAUCUGCACAAGAGAUCUGCUAUGUUUCUGUUGCUCCAACUGUCUAAUGACCCAAGUAAAUGAGGAGAAUGGAUGUACUUGGGAGAGUCCAUGAUGAUAUUUAACAUUGGAAGCUAUAACCGCCUGGGGCCUAAAUAUCGUUCAGACCGAGGCACAUGUUAGCACAACCAUGCUUGGUUCCAUGGUGCAGGGCUACCAUUCAGAACUAUCACUGAACACUUCCCCUCCAAUACAUUCAGUGUGUGUGUGUGUGAGUCAGAGUUUGGUGUGGAACUCAGGCUCUGCAAUAGGUGGUGACAUUUACUGCUUUGUCCCUGUGAGCACAGAUAGAGAUGGAGAUUUGCCUCUCACUGCAGCCACCAUAUUGCUGUUGUGGUCAGUUCCACAGAUGCAGGAACCCAGUGGAUUCUUGGCCCACGGUUGCCUUCACAGCACCCCAACUCCUGCCUCACCUAACAAACAUCGACUGUUACACUAAGCAGCAGAGGGAUGGAUAGUUAUGUAGCAUUAGCAACAUUAUAAUGACGAGUUACUGGAUGACAUUUUCUUUGGGCUAUCAUUAAUUGGAAACAUUUUGACUACAUUUAGUUGAGGUUUUUAAUCACCUCCCUACAAUUUCAUAACAAAUUGGGAACAGGAAAUUUCCAGAACUGUCAUUAAGGGGCAAAUAUGAGACUAUUUUCACAGACAACUGCAAGAUUUUGAAAAUACAUUUGUAAUUGCAGAUAUCUGUACAAUAUCUUUUCUGAAAUAUAUUUAGCAGUCUUCAAUGUAGCAAAUAUUUGUGUUUAUUUUCUUGCCCUAGCUCCAGAAAUUGUUGCUUAAUGCAUUCAUUACCAACUAAAACUGAUUAAUUUAUACCAACCAAACCCUUAAGUUGCAUUUUAGACCGAUCUAAAACAAACUAAAUCAUGUCUUGUAUGUUUGUGGGGGUGGAAAGGGAUGGUUUGAUGCAGUGUCAGACUGGUCAUCUGAUCCGUGAAGUACCUGCCAGUUGUGUGAUGACUCUACAUUCAUUCUUCCUUUUGCUUGGUAAAUAAAUACAACAGA